CUUACUUUCCCUUUUUCCCUCUUCCAACUCUUCUCAUCCUCUGUUUGCUCCUUAACCCUUCAAGUUCAACUCUUUUUGCAUCUGGGUCUCUCUCUCUCCCCCUUUGGAUCUGCCUCAGAUACCUCUACAAACCGUGUUUCCUUGAUCAAGAUCCCUUUUUUAUUCAAUUGUCUCAGGAUCUCUCUCAUGUACCUGCUUGUGGUAAUUUCCCCCCCUUCCUAGUACCCUUGCAUCACCCCAAAACAUUCAUUCUACCUUUUGCUGGCAAAUUUGACUCAUGCUUAUAGUUGUUCUAUGAAUUUUUGCUUUUUGAUGUUGAUUCUUGUCUUGUUGGUUACUCAUCACUAUUGAGCUUUUACUAAUUUGAUCAUGUUCUGCAUGCAGUUCCACAGCUCAAGUUUCCUUCUUUUUUGGCGAUAUGUUGUUGAUUUGCUAACUGGUUUUUCGGUUCUGUCCAAUGUUUGUUCAUGAAUAUAAUAGCAUGUGGCUUUACUCAGCUGAAGUUUGAGGUCUUGGUUGGUUGAUUCUUUUGUUGUGCUUUGGUUUGGUUAUGUUGUGAUGCACUUUGUGUUAUGUAUCGGUGGGAGGAACUGUUUCACUUAUUGAUGGAUCUAUUGUUCUCUUGUUGAGUGUGAGCUAAUUGUGUGUUAAUUUCAUUGAUGUUUGAUGUAUUUCUUAAUAGAUUGGUAGAUGAGUCUCUGUCAAGUGUCAACAUAUAGUUGUUAAACUGCGCAUGUUUUUCGUUGUGUGGUGUGAUGGCUGACAGCUUCUAUAUGAUGUUGAUGCCUUUAAUAGGUUGUUUGAAACCAUAAAUGGAUGUUAAGCCAUGGAUUUGGUCAAUCUGAUCUCAAUUGAAAUCCUUUAGCAUUUCUGAUGGACUCAAAAACUAGUGCUAGAGCUCUCCCAAAGCAGCAUCAGAAGACGGCUGGGAUUCAAACCCUUGAAGCAAAAGACUUUGGAUCUUCUUCACUGCCAGUUCCAAAGACGGGAAAACCUGAGCUGGCUGCUCCUGAGGAUUUAUCAAAGUCUGUGGAAAAGACGUCCACCAAGCAGAAUACUGGAGAAAUUGCUGAAAGCAAGAAGUUUGGAGUUUCAAUCCACAAAGGGUCUGCUGAUUCCUUGAAUAAUAAGAGUGGUUCUCGUGCUUCCUCAUCUGUUCUGGACAAAGCAUCUGGAGGAGUGAAUCAUGCUGUUAACGAGAACAUAGGCUCGCAGGAAAGCUCUAUUGAUCAAGAUAAAAAGACAUCGGAAUAUGGUAGUAUGAAGAACAGUUCUGUUUCUGCCAAAGUUAGUGAUGGGGCCAGCAGUCUUGCAAAGACAAGUGGAAGUGCCAAGAUCAGCGAUCGAGCUGAUUUUGUUGAGAGUGGUAAGAGCAGUAUUUGCAGAGGAAGUACAAGCAGUGAUGUGAGUGAUGAGAGUACUUGUAGUAGCUUUAGUAGCAGCAUAAACAAGCCUCACAAGGCAAAUGACUUGAGAUGGGAAGCUAUCCAAGCGGUUCGAAGUAGAGAUGGGGUAUUGGGUUUAGGUCACUUUAGACUGUUGAAGAGGCUGGGAUGUGGGGAUAUUGGUAGUGUGUACCUCUCUGAGUUGAGUGGAACUAAAUGUUACUUUGCAAUGAAGGUAAUGGACAAAGGGUCCCUAGCAAGUCGUAAAAAGCUACUUCGUGCUCAGACCGAACGAGAAAUUCUGCAGUCGCUUGACCACCCAUUUCUCCCAACUUUGUACACCCAUUUUGAGACAGAGAAAUUCUCAUGCUUGGUAAUGGAAUUCUGCCCAGGUGGAGACCUCCAUACACUUAGGCAGAAGCAACCAGGGAAGCAUUUUCCUGAGCAGGCAGUAAAAUUUUAUGUGGCAGAGGUCCUACUGGCUUUGGAGUACCUACACAUGCUUGGGAUUGUCUACCGUGACCUUAAGCCAGAAAAUGUCCUUGUUAGGGAUGACGGACAUAUUAUGCUCUCUGACUUUGAUCUUUCCCUCCGCUGUGCUGUUAGUCCAACCCUUGUUAAAACCUCAUCCACGGAUUCUGAACCUUUAAGAAAGAAUCCUGUUUACUGUGUCCAACCUGCAUGUAUUGAGCCACCUUCCUGCAUCCAACCAUCAUGUGUUGCUCCUACUACAUGCUUUUCACCCCGCCUCUUUUCGAGCAAAUCGAAGAAAGACCGGAAGCCCAAAACCGAAAUUGGCAACCAAGUGAGUCCGUUACCUGAGCUUAUUGCCGAGCCUACUGAUGCUCGGUCUAUGUCAUUUGUUGGAACCCAUGAAUACUUGGCACCUGAGAUCAUUAAGGGUGAAGGUCAUGGGAGUGCAGUUGAUUGGUGGACUUUCGGGAUCUUUCUAUACGAGCUGUUGUUCGGUAAAACUCCUUUCAAGGGAUCUGGAAACCGAGCUACGUUGUUUAACGUCGUGGGUCAGCCCCUGCGAUUUCCAGAAGCACCUGUUGUCAGUUUUGCAGCAAGGGAUCUUAUAAGGGGGUUGCUUGUAAAGGAACCUCAGCACAGAUUGGCGUAUAAACGAGGCGCCACCGAGAUUAAGCAACAUCCCUUCUUUGAAGGUGUGAAUUGGGCACUGAUCAGAUGUGCUACCCCCCCUGAGAUCCCAAAGCCUGUAGAGUUUGAGAAGAUACCUUCCCCAGCUUCAUCAGCUGGUGGUGAAAAGGCUGUUAACCACAUGUCAAUACCUAAUCAGAAAGGUUCUGAUAAUUAUCUGGAGUUUGAUUUCUUCUAGAGAUAGACAAUAUUGAUUGCAAAUGGUUUCUGUUAAGAGGGGAGGAACUGUUUUUCAAUGUUUCAGGAACAGAUGAUGAGGAAUUGUAUGUUUGUUUUUGUUGGCUAUUUGCAGUUUCAAAUUUGUAUGGCAUUAUUAAUGAAUGGCUUCUCUGCAUCUCAAAGGCAUAAAAGAACAUGACUGCCAAAGCACUAGGAAUUUGAGCCAGCCAAUGGUGGUGGUGGUGAUGAUGAUGAUGCUCUUUAAGGUCCCAAUGGUAAGUAUGCAAUUGUGGAAAGUGGAGCACAUGGGCAUCCAGCAAAAUGCAGUUGCUAUUUAGACCUGAACUCAAACACAUUCAAAAUUUUGUUUUCUUUCGAAAAUUAGUGUCAUGUCAUCAAAGAAAAAGGACAUUUUUCUGCCUAGGAACUGCUCACCAUUGCCUGAAUUACAGUGUCAUCUCAAGAACAGUAGCAUCUAAAUCCCAAAAUCAACUAAAAUGCAAAAUAGUCAAUUUGUUUUUC